AUGAAAUCUACCAUCGCUUUUCUAUGCUCUCUUUCCUCGCUUGUUGCCUCCCAAUUGACUGGUCUUCAGACUGACACGCCUUUUGGUCUUGUUGCUAUUCGAUCUGGGUCUGAUAUCCAAUAUAGUUCGCCAAUCCUGGAAAGUGACAAGCUUAUUUUCUCUCCAGAAAGCAGCUCCUACUUGACUUUUUUGUUUUCAGCAGACGGUUCCGUCAAACUGGAAGAUUCUUCCAGCUGGCUCAGCAUUGGUGAUUCCAAUGUUUUAGACGUUUCAUCUUCAGCCUCCACAAAGUUUUCAGUCAGCGACUCAAACUACUUAUCUUUUGACAAUGGCAAGUCCGCCUUCCUUGCUGUCCCCAGAGCCCAAGAUGGUUACUAUGAUAUUUAUGCUAGAGAUUGGAUUUCUACCGAUGGUAACAAUACAAUCCCAUUUGCCUUUAGUGUCCAGUAUAAUAAUGAUACUAUCGCCGAUUCUACAAAUGACUCUGAGACUGAUGACACUUCCACAGAAGACGAUGAAUCUGAUGAUUCUACCGAAGAUUGGAGCGACGAUUCUGGUGAUGACUUGGACGAUUCCGGUGACGAUUCCGGUGACGAUUCCGGUGAUGAUGACUCUGGUGAUGACUCUGGUGAUGAUUCCACUGACGAUUCCACUGACGAUUCCACUGACGAUUCCACUGAUUCCACAGAUAAUGACUCAGAAGAGACCGCUCUUUACAUCACUUCCAACGUUUCUACCAGUGACCUGGCAGCAUUGACCACCUCUGCUACGUUCUCCACCUCUGUUGGCGCUGUUACUGCUUCCCCAACUAACAACGUCACCACCUCGACCACCUGUUCAUUCUCCACCGUUGCUUCAACCUCUGCUGGUAGCACAAACAACAACACGGGUAUCACUACACCUACCUUUGUCUCACCUAGCAGAAUUUCAUCCUUAACACCAGUGGCUACUGUUCCACUGUACACUUCCUCUUCUCUUCUUCAGGUCAACGGAGCAGUUAUGUCAGACACCGUCAGUGGUAUCACGGCGUUUGUUCUUGCCGGUUUGGCUCUUCUCUUAUAA